AUGCCUGGGUCGAUAUCUGUGCAGUCUCAAAAAUUGAUCCCAUGGCUCGUUGAACGCCGCGUUAUAUCGAAAAGUUAUAUGAAUUCAAUGGAACAUAUAUCAAAGAAGAUUGAUGAACUUGCUCAGUCUUCACCUGAAAAGAUUAAGAGCGUUGAAGCUAAGCCAAUUCGGUAUUUUUACGCGUUGGACGUUCUUAAUUAUUUGGAACAAACAGACACGACAAAGGACUUUUUUGGACGCGCAAGUGCCUCAAUUCGAACUUGGCGAGAUAUUGUUUCACGCUACGAAUCUGAACAUAUAAAUAUUGCUGAAGUAACUGAACGGCUGAAUGAUAUCUGUUACCAUCUGUCCAAAUGCAAAUCGGCUAUUGCAGAUCGUCAGAAAUUAAUAAAUGAUCUGCAACGAAAGAUCACUGAAUUUACUGCAAAUCAGCACUCCAAAGAAUUUGAAGUUGAACGACUUUGCAAGCAGUUUGGAAUCAAGGAUGAGCAUGCCCGCUUGCAGUUGUUGGAGAAAGCCAGCACUCUUCCAGAUACCCUCAAUGACUAUGUCGCAAGCCUGAAAUUCCUUGAACCUGUGGUGAAUUUUUACAUGAACUUCACUUCCUACCUUAACUCGGAUAGCAAAGGCAAUCAGCAGGUCUGCCCAACCCUCCGACUGCUGAUUAAGUCUGGUCAUGUCACCGUCUACGAGUGGCGUACAGGUUAUGCUCCAAGUGUUGUAAGUGAGAGCGAUGAUUACCUGCCCAAGAUGAUUGAACUGGAGAGAAAGGAAGUCGAAGCUAAGGAGGCUGAAGCUUUGAGUGAGGACCAAGAGAUUGACUUCGCUGAUCUGGACGCAGGAGGCGAGACUGACUUAGCUGAGACUGACUUUGGCACGGAUUUGCUCAGUGGGAUCGACAUUGUCGAUUUGUCAAAAGACACAGCUUCAAAGGAAGACGAAAAUGGUGAGGAUGUUUCACGUCAACUAGCUAGUAAGGCCACAACGGUGGCUACUGGGGCGAAUGCUCGUCUUUUGCUGGACUCCACGGAGGGUCGAGACGCCCUCAUAAAUGAUCUAGAGGAGUUGGCUAGCUUCCUGCUCCGUGUCAGGGAGAACUUCCACGAAUUCCAGGCUGCUGACUUCUAUGUGCAUGAAGCGAAGAAGAAAAAGAUCGCUGGUCUGAACAGUGAUUUCAUAGCACCGAUCUACCACCAAAUAAUGCUUGAUGCGCCUAUCGAAGUUAGGUCGAAGACCAUCGCAGAUAUUGACUCCAUGUCCUCAGCUGUUCAGAAGGCUUUCAGUAUGAUAACUGAAGAGACAACAACUCACCUCUCACUGCUGCGGCUCCAGCCCGGCUAUCUAGAACGUCUUAUCUGUAUGAUGCGGGAUCUGCGUCGCCAGGCCAAUCGAUCGCGUUCCCGCGUUACGGAACUCAGCGUCGCCGCGCAGCAGGCGAACGAAGAACUGACCACGCUUCAUACCGAAAUGACCGAAUGUCUGGAGGAGCGUGGGCGGCUCGUUGCCUAUCUGGAGAAGGAACUGUCCAAAUUAUAUGAGAGGGAUAUCAAGCUCGUCGGUGCAGCUGUUACCGUAUAA